AGCUUCCAAGGAGGCCACACCACGCACCGCAGCUGCAGCUCAUCCCCACGACCAAAUCUCGCCGUCUCCGCCUCGCCGCCGCCGCCGCCGCCGCCACCGCCAAGAGGGGGGGAAGCAACCCGCAGCCGCCGCGCGGCGAGAUGAACACCGACAUCACCGCGUCGGUGAAGCCGGAGUACCCGGUGGUGGACCGGAACCCGCCCUUCACCAAGGUCGUCGGCAAUUUCUCCGCGCUCGACUACCUCCGCCUCUCCACCAUCUCCGCCGUCUCCGUCACCGUCGGCUACCUCUCCGGGAUCAAGCCGGGGAUCCGCGGGCCAUCGAUGGUGACGGGAGGGCUCAUCGGGGUCAUGGGAGGGUUCAUGUACGCCUACCAGAACUCCGCCGGCCGCCUCAUGGGCUUCUUCCCCAACGACUCCGAGGUCGCCCGCUACAAGUACAAGCUGUAGUGAGAAACUUUAUCGAUUCGCUGCGUUCUCUCUCUCUCUCUCUGCUGCUGCAAGCGUUUACAUCUUUUUUUUCUUUUUCCUGAUGAUCUCGUUUUAGCGUCACUUGUUGAUGUGCGAGAUGUGUGGCCUUGGCUGAAUAAAUGUUGUACGCUGCACGCUUGUGAGGAAUUCGUGCUACAAUUUAGCUCCCUUUGCCAUGGUUUAGUGGCAAUUUGGUUGCCGAUCUGGUAAAAAUUUAUGGAACUGAAUGUGACCCCCUGCCUGUGAAAUUUGGGGAUUUUGUUCUUAA